AGUAUGUAAUAGUUGGUUUCCAUCUUUUAUGUCGCAGUUAGUAAAUUUUGGCCUUUAUAUUUUGUAUCUUCUCUUUAGUAGCCGAACCAUUCCAACUACAUACGCGUUCCUGCACCCCAACAGCUUUUUCACAUAUAUACAAAAUAUAUACAUAGAGACCUAGCCUAGCCUAGCCUAGCCUAUCCUAUGAGAGACAUGUCCAACUCCCAGGGAGCUCAGAUAUGCACAGACAAGCUUUCAUGGAAGACAAAGCUGGGCAUGGCAAUAUUCGGCUUUGGUAUCCGAUCCUCCGUCAAUCGUUCCAACGGAACCAUCAACCGCUUCAUCAUGAGCCUCUUCGACAUCAAGUCACCUCCUACCAACACUCCUAAAAACGGCAUCCAAUCCACCGAUGUCGUUGUUGACCCCAACCGCAACCUCUGGUUCCGCCUCUACAACCCCACUGCCACAGACACAAGCCUCCCAGUUAUUAUCUACUUCCAUGGCGGUGGCUUCGCCUUUGUUUCUGCGAAUUCAAUAGCCAUGGAUACUUAUUGUAAAAGACUAGCAAAACAACUCCCUGCAGUGAUCAUCUCGGUCAACUACCGUCUCACGCCAGAGCACCGGUACCCUUGCCAAUACGACGACGGACUUGAUGUCCUCAAAUUCAUCGACUCUAAUCUAAACUUCAAAGGCUUUCCUGCCAACGCUGAUCUCAAUCGCUGUUUCGUAGCCGGAGACAGCGCAGGCGGCAACAUCGCACAUCACGUCACCCUCAGAGCUUGCGACUCUAACUUUUCAAGUGUCAACAUCAUUGGACUGAUUGGCCUACAACCCUUUUUUGGCGGGGAAGAACGGACGGAAUCCGAAAUUAAGCUGGUGGAUGUUCCAUAUAUUACGAUUCAGGGCACGGACUCGCUGUGGAGGAUGUUCCUGCCAGAAGGAUCCAACCGAGACCAUCCUGCGGCCAACGUUUCAGGACCAAACGCCGACGACAUAUCCAAGGUGGCCAAGUUUCCAAGUACAAUAGUGUUUGUGGGAGGAUUUGAUCCACUGAAAGAUUGGCAAAAGAGGUACUACGAGGCCUUGAAACGACAUGGGAAAGAAGCGUAUUUGGUUGAGUAUCCCAACGUGUUUCACGCUUUCUAUUCAAUACCUGAGCUUGAGGAGUCUGAUAUGUUGAUUGAGGAGGUCAAACGCUUCAUGGAGAAGCAGUCACUCAAAGUCCUGGAGGGUACGACAAAAUAGCAGUUAAUUUGCAGGCUUCAUAUGCUAUGUCUUGCUUUGUGAGCCAAAGCCUGUGUGUGGUGUGUACGUAUGUACUGUUAUUUUCUGUAACAAAAUACUUCCAUACGAUGGGCAUUUAUUUUAUUCUCAAAGUUUGUGGUUU